AUGGCUGUUCCGGCGACAAAGAGGAGGAAGACGGAGCAUGUGUCGUCGGAUGACGAUAGCGAAGCUUCAUUCGCCUCAUUCGGCGACGAUGCCGACCAGACAGAGGAUGCAGACGCCGGCGCAUCGGCCGAUGAUGAAGAAAUGGAGGAGGAAGAGCUAGAUGCUGCAGAUGAGGAUGAGGAUGGAGAAGAUGCUGCCGAAGAUGAUGAGGAGAACACUGCGACCACCAAGCAUACCGCUGUUUCGAAGCCUGUGCCGCAGCAGAACGGCUCCAAACCGAGCCAAGCAGCGAAGACAAGCGCAGCGUACGCCAGCGGGACGUUCAAGAGCAAUGUCUUCAAGCUGCAGGUCGACGAACUGCUGGGACAGAUCAGGCCGAGAAAAAGCAAGCGCGAAGCUGCUGCGGAAGCUGCGUUACAUGGAUUGAAGAAAUCGAUUGAACAGAUACCACCGCGAGGGCCACACGCGCUGGUCGAUGCCGAACGAGAACUCAUCAAGCAGAAGGUUGCUGUGCCGUUUCCAGAUCCGAGACCGCCUAAGGAUGCAAAGUACAAGUUCGCAUACGCCAAGCCGUCGAACAUCAACGUUGUGGGCAGCUUGCCAUUGAAGACGACUAGCAGAACGCAGGAGGUCCCAGAAGUGGACAUGGUCGCGGUGAUACCAUCAUCGUUAUUCGAAGAGAAGGACUAUCUGAACCAUCGAUACUUCUACAAGCGAGCAUACUACUUGGCGUGCAUAGCAGCAGGACUGAAGUCUGCCCACAAGAAUGAGUUCUCCUUGCGCUUCAAGCUCAUGCAUGAUGACCCUCUCAAGCCGAUCUUGGUUGUGUCUCCUGUCGAGGCCUCAUCGAAGAGUGAUACCCCGGCACCCAAAUGGCGUGUCAACAUCAUUCCAUGCAUCAGCCGUGACCAAUUUUCUGCAGAAAAGCUUCGCCCGGAGAGGAAUUGCAUCAGAUAUCAAGACACGCAAAAUGGCCAAGAUGCCACACAGGUGCCAACACCAUCGUACAACUCAUCAUUGCGAAGCGACAUGUUGAUGAUUGAAUACCUCAAGUUUCUACAUGGUGCAAGCAAGAGGUGCCAUGCCUUCAUCGAUGCGUCUCUACUUGGUGCCACUUGGCUACGACAGCGAGGUUUCGGCUCUUCGAUUGCUACCGGAGGCUUUGGCAAUUUCGAAUGGAAAGCUUUGAUGGCUCUCUGUCUGCAAGGCGGAGGACCAAAUGGCAAGCCUCUACUCAGUGAUGGCUACAGCAGCUACCAGCUAUUCAAAGCUACCUUGCAGCUUCUGGCAAUGAAAGACUUCGCCAAGCACCCUCUGGUAUUUGGCGAAGCUUCUAGCGGACCUAAAAUGAGUACCACACCGAUCGCAUGGAAUACCACGAAUGGUCACAAUGUUCUAUACAAAGUCCCGAAAUGGUCGUACGGGCUACUUCGACGGGAAGCCAAGACCACAAUCACCACUUUAGGGGAUCAACUGCACGAUGGGUUCGAUGCGACAUUCAUCAUGCGGGUCCAAGAGCCCCUGUACCGCUUCGAUCAAGUCGUUCACAUCCCAGAAAGGUCACUGCUUGGAAAGUCCGGGUCCACAGAUCAACCUCUUCAGCAACGCUUGGACAAGCUAUAUGAUGUUCUCCACGAAGGACUCGGCGACCGUGCGACUCAGGUAUCCAUUACAAGAGGAUGUCCUGCACUGUGGGAGCUGGGGUCAUCUCGGCCGAAGGAAGGCACACGGGGCGACGUUCAGAUCGGUCUCAUGAUCAACUCCGACAACGCAAAGCGCACUGUCGAUCAUGGGCCAUCGGCUGAGGAGAAGGCUGCUUCUGCAGCUUUCCGUAACUUCUGGGGUGAGAAGUCUGAGCUCAGACGUUUCAAGGACGGCAGUAUCCUCGAAAGCUUGGUUUGGGCUACGCCGCAAGAAAGUGGCAUGAGUGUGCUCGAACAAAUUGUGCGUUAUCUGUUGGGACAUCACUUCGGUCUUGUUACAUUGGAUGACAUUACAUUCUUUGGAGAUAGCUUUUCCAAGCUAGUACGAGCUGGCAGUGAGCGGACUGUUUUCGAACCCAUCAUUGAGCGCUACAAGCAAUUUGAGAACGACUUGCGAGAGCUACGGGAUCUGCCAUUGACCGUGAGGCAAAUCAUGCCAGCAGAUCCUCAGCUACGAUAUGGAGCUGUGCGACCACCAUCACACGGCAAGAACCUCCAGACUUCCACGCCCGCAGACGUGACGAUACAAUUUGAAGGAUCUGGGCGAUGGCCAGAUGACCUUGUUGCCAUUCAGCGCACAAAGAUCGCUUUCUUGUUGAAGAUCAACGACAUGCUACAAGAGUCUGUCGAUGGCAUCACGAGUCGUAUUGGUCUUGAGAACGAAGGACAGGGCGUUCUGAAUCAAGGUUUCCUCGAUGUCACAUAUGAUGCCGAUGCGACAUUCCGAUUGCGCAUUUACCACGAGCGCGAGCAAACACUACACGAACGGAAACUCAAAGACAAAACCGCAGAUCCUAGAUCAAGAGAGGUCGCAGCAGCUGGUCUGGCAAAGUACAAGCGCGACUACAUCAAGACUCCCGCACAUACACAAGCAAUCUCGAGACUAUGCAGCCGCUUCUCGGCACUCAGCGGCAGCAUACGCCUGACGAAGCGGUGGUUCGCCUCCCAUCUGCUGUCAAACCACAUUGCAGAAGAGGUCAUCGAGCUACUCGUGAUCCGUACCUUUACACAGCCAUGGCCAUGGCAAGCGCCAGCUAGUGUCCAAACGGGCUUUCUACGCACCCUCUUCUGGAUCUCGCGAUGGGACUGGCGCGCCGAGCCACUGAUCGUUGAUCUCUCCGCAGGUGGUGGUGAUCUCAAGCAGGCUGAUGUGCAAGCCAUCACGACUAACUUCGAUGCGUGGCGCAAGCUAGACCCGCAGAUGAACAGAGUUGCUCUCUUCGCUGUAUCGAAUGUCGAUCGCGAUGGUACGACCUACACUGAUGGACAGCCGGCGAAGGUUGUAGCGGGUCGUAUGUCAGCGUUGGCCAAGGCAGCUUAUGCUGAGGUCGCUGAGAAGCACUUGGCUCUUGAACCUGCUGCGCUUUUCAGCUCACCCUUGACGGACUUUCACUUUGUGCUGCAUCUGGCAGGAGAUGGUAAGUCAAAGAAGCGUAACAGCACAGGCACAGCAUACAAGAACCUCGAAAUCGAGGCUGUGAGUGAUGUGGAGAUGAUCGGCUUCGAGCCUGAGAAGGACUUACUCAAAGACCUAGAGGCGACGUACGGCGCAUCGAUCAUCUUCUUCACAGGUGGAAGCGAGCGUGCUGGAUCUGGAGCUGUGAUUGCUGGUCUGUGGUCCCCUCUGACUGCAAGAAGAAGCUGGAAGGUCAAUCUGGCGUACUCGACAAUUCCGACGAAGAUGAGCAAGGGUGAAGAGGAGGAUGUGGAUGCUGUGUUGAAUAAGGCUGCGAUUCUGGCGGAAAUUGCGAGGUUGGGUGGGGAUAUGAUUGAGAAGAUUGAGGUGUUUGAGAAGUAA